AUGGCCAUCUUGACUCGCUCACAGGCCGCUAGUCAGGAUUCCAAGGACGUCAAGGAGAUCGACGAAGCAUGUGCUGCCAUUUCGUCUCCCAUCAUCUCUGGCAGCUUUGUGCAGGAAUCAUCCAGCUUCACGGCCCUACAGCCAAUGGCUUCGGGCAGUGACUCUGAUACGCCGAUGUUGGAUCAGCCAGCUUCGCUCACUGGUCUCGACGCCAUCAAGCAGGAGUCCUCCGUCUCCGACAAACUGCCACAGCGUCAACGCCGCACUCUGAAGCUCACAUUACGAGUCAGUAAGCUAGCAGCUGUGUCAAAUACAGACAUUGUCAUGAAGGCUGAGGAGCUUGACAAGACCGUGGUUUUGACUGAGACACAAUCUGCUUCCCAACAAGUUUCAGCAGCUCGUGGCAGAAAGCGUGGCUCUCCCCGUCAAACCCCUGCAAAGAGAAGCAAGAGGUCCGCUGAAGACGCAGACGAUGAUUUCGAAGACGCAAGCGUUUUGAGAAACUUAGACAGCAGCGCGCGCAUAACCCGGUCACUGCGCGUUCGCACCGUGCAAGGGACAGUCACUGGAGCAAUUGCCUCUGCCGGCAUAGCCAAAGAGGAUACCCCCAAAGCAGCCAAAGGCGAUACCCGUCCUGCCUUCAUCACCAUAAAGGUGCCGGGCCUCGUCAAGUUCUACAAAAAAUGGAGGCUUCGGCCCCAAAGACGCCUUAACAAGAAAGGUUUCAGCUUUGCCCGCAACCAGUUGCCCUUCUGGUGCUCUCCAACGGGAUACGAGCUGCGUGAGGUCGUGAAGAUCCUGGAAGCAGAGCGCAUGGUGUUGACCAAGUCUGUUGCGCAAACCGAAACAGCAGCGAAGCCGUUUCAUGCUGCGAGAGGCCUUACCGUUGACAGCCUUGUCCGCGUCAUUCUUUCCCAGGCCUUGUCCAACGAGGUCGCUUUGGACAUGCAGCAGGCCCUGAUCUACAACUAUCCCUAUGAGGUUGAUGGGGAGAUGUACGAGGGUACCAAACCAAACUACCACGAGAUUCGGGAGCAGAGUGUAUCCAAGCUUCUCAAAAUCCUGACCGGAGCUGGGCUGCAAGGCGUCAAAGCCCUCCCGAUCAAAGACUGCCUGAAAAUCAUCUACGAGAAGAACUUGUCGCUUCUGAAACCUGGUGAAGUUGUCUAUUGCGGACAAGAGCCUGGCGCCAAAGACUUUGUGCCCGGAUUGCUCUCAAUGGAUUUCAUCUGGGAUGCAUACAGACAAGGUGGCAAACAAGCUGCGUUCAAUGCACUCACCGCGCUUCCUCAGGUCGGGGUCAAAACAGCAGCUUGCCUCAUGAGUUUCAACAUGGGCAUCCCGGUCUUCGCCGUCGAUACGCAUGUCGCCGCAAUGUCAAAGCUUCUUGGCUAG